AUGCGGCUCCUGCUGCUGGCCGUGCUGGUCUGGUUCUCGGUGGCCCGCGCGGGCUGCGAGCCCAAGAUCAUCAACAUCGGCGCGGUGCUGAGCACCAAGAAGCACGAGCAGGUCUUCCGCGACGCCAUCAGCCAGGCCAACAAGCGGCACGGCACCUGGAAGAUCCAGCUGAACGCCACCUCCGUCACCCACAAGCCCAAUGCCAUCCAGAUGGCCCUCUCCGUCUGCGAGGACCUCAUCUCCAGCCAGGUGUACGCCAUCUUAGUGAGCCACCCGCCAGCGCCAAACGACCACUUGACGCCAACACCUGUGUCCUACACAGCUGGGUUCUAUCGGAUUCCAGUCCUCGGGCUGACCACGCGCAUGUCCAUAUACUCAGAUAAGAGUAUUCACUUGUCCUUCCUGCGCACGGUCCCCCCCUACUCCCACCAGUCCAACGUUUGGUUUGAGAUGAUGCGCUUUUACAAGUGGAACCAUAUCAUCCUCAUUGUCAGCGAUGACCACGAAGGGCGAGCUGCCCAAAAGAAACUGGAGACCCUCUUGGAAGAGAAGGAAUCCAAGAGUAAAAAAAGGAACUAUGACAGCCUCGAACAACUAUCCUAUGACAGCAAGCGAGGACCCAAGGCUGAGAAAGUGCUUCAGUUUGAACCAGGAACCAAAAAUGUGACUUCACUGCUAUUGGAAGCUAAAGAACUGGAGGCUCGGGUUAUUAUCCUUUCUGCAAGCGAGGACGAUGCCACCACCGUGUACAUGGCAGCAGCCAAAGAAAACAUGACCGGUCCGGGUUACGUGUGGCUGGUGGGAGAAAGGGAGAUCUCAGGCAACGCCUUGCGCAAUGCCCCAGAAGGGCUGAUUGGCCUGCAGCUCAUGAACGGGAAGAACGAAUCCGCUCACAUUCGGGACGCGGUUGCCGUGGUGGCCCAGGCUGUGCACGACUUGUUUGAGAAGGAGAACAUCACAGACCCGCCCCGGGGCUGUGUGGGGAACACCAACAUCUGGAAGACAGGGCCUCUCUUUAAAAGGGUGCUGAUGCAGACCAAGUACGCGGAAGGCGUGACUGGCAGGGUGGAGUUCAACGAAGAUGGGGACAGAAAAUACGCCAACUACAGCGUCAUGAAUCUCCAGAAUAACAAACUGGUGCAGGUCGGAGUCUACAACGGGAGCCACUUUCUGCCCAAUGACCGAAAGAUCGUCUGGCCUGGAGGAGAAACAGAAACACCCCAGGGCUAUGAGAUGUCUACAAAGCUAAAGAUAGUCACGAUCCACCAGGAGCCGUUUGUCUACGUGAAGCCCACCCUGGCGGACGGGAAGUGCAAGCCGCUCCUCAACAGCACGGGGGGGCUGGUGCAGCAGGUGCUCUGCACGGGGCCCAACGAGACCAUGCCAGGCCGCCCCAGCGUGAUGUUAUGCUGCUACGGCUUCUGCAUCGACUUACUCAUCAAGCUGGCAAAGACAAUGAAUUUUACCUAUGAAGUCCAUCUAGUGGGUGACGGUAAAUUUGGCACACAAGAACGGGUGAACAACAGCAACAAGAAGGAGUGGAACGGGAUGAUGGGGGAGCUGCUGAGCGGCCAGGCUGACAUGAUUGUGGCACCAUUAACCAUUAACAACGAGCGGGCUCAGUACAUUGAGUUUUCCAAGCCUUUUAAGUACCAAGGACUUACCAUCCUAGUGAAAAAGGAAAUUCCCCGCAGCACCCUGGAUUCAUUCAUGCAACCAUUCCAGAGCACACUGUGGCUCCUGGUGGGGCUGUCGGUGCACGUGGUGGCUGUGAUGUUAUAUCUGCUGGACCGUUUCAGUCCCUUUGGCCGAUUUAAAGUGAAUAGUGAAGAAGAGGAAGAGGAUGCCCUGACCCUUUCAUCAGCCAUGUGGUUUUCCUGGGGGGUCCUUCUGAAUUCUGGCAUUGGAGAAGGUGCCCCACGAAGUUUCUCAGCUCGAAUCCUUGGCAUGGUCUGGGCUGGUUUUGCCAUGAUUAUCGUGGCCUCCUACACUGCCAACCUGGCUGCUUUCCUGGUGUUAGACAGGCCUGAGGAACGAAUCACUGGCAUCAACGAUCCUCGGUUGAGAAACCCUUCAGAUAAGUUUAUCUAUGCCACAGUGAAGCAGAGUUCAGUGGACAUUUAUUUCCGGAGGCAGGUGGAGCUAAGCACCAUGUACCGGCACAUGGAGAAACACAAUUAUGAAAGUGCUGCUGAAGCCAUCCAGGCUGUUCGGGACAACAAACUCCACGCAUUCAUCUGGGACUCAGCUGUACUAGAAUUUGAAGCCUCGCAGAAGUGUGAUCUGGUGACCACAGGGGAGCUUUUCUUCCGCUCUGGCUUCGGCAUUGGAAUGCGCAAGGACAGUCCCUGGAAGCAGAACGUCUCUCUCGCCAUCCUCAACCUCCAUGAGAAUGGCUUCAUGGAAGAACUUGACAAGACUUGGGUGAGAUAUCAGGAGUGUGACUCCCGUAGCAAUGCUCCGGCUACACUCACCUUCGAAAACAUGGCAGGUGUAUUCAUGCUGGUGGCUGGAGGUAUUGUGGCCGGGAUAUUUUUAAUAUUCAUAGAAAUAGCAUACAAAAGGCAUAAAGACGCCCGGAGGAAGCAGAUGCAACUGGCGUUUGCAGCAGUUAAUGUGUGGCGGAAAAACCUGCAGGAUAGAAAAAGUGGUAGAGCAGAACCAGACCCUAAAAAGAAAGCCACUUUUAGGUCCAUCACCUCUACCCUGGCCUCCAGCUUCAAGAGACGUAGGUCAUCCAAAGACACGCAGUAUCACCCCACAGACAUCACUGGGCAACUCAAUCUCUCUGACCCCUCGGUCAGCACCGUGGUGUGA